UUAACACGGUGUUCAGAUGCUUAUAUCGGAUUAGUGCUAAUAUGGGGGUGCUUAUAUCGGUGGUUUACAGUAUAGAUUGACAUGUUCUAGAAUCCGGCAUAAGGUUGCAUGAUCCGGGGUAACCGCCCAAUGCCGAUAGGGGCGAUUGUACCGCGCAAAGUGAUGUGAUUGGCUGGACACCGCUGGUUAUUUCUCGUCUCAAGCUCGUUCUUCCUUCGGAAUACAUUAGCUUCCAUAUAUCUCUGCCAAAGUGCUCAAGUGCUUAAGAGUUAUGGAGCAUGCUGAACGAGAUGAGGCUUUUUGGGCUCCUGGUACUAUUGUGUUAGAGAACACAAACCAAUCAACGAACAGGUUGAUUCUCCAUCCUUUCCCGUCAGAGGAUCCAAAUGAUCCUCUAAAUUGGUCCACCUUUCGGAAAGCGCUCAACUUUGGUCUUGUUUGCUUCUUUGUCUUGUGGACUUUUGUCCAGCUUGAUAUAGGCUCCACGGCAUGGGGUCCAAUCCAAGAGGAGCUCGGCUUCUCCAUUGAUUUGCUCAAUUCAGCUUCGGCAACAAACUAUGCCGCUCUAGCAGUUGGAUGCAUGUUGUUUAUCCCCUUCGUACACAAAUACGGACGCCGUCCAGUCUACCUUUUCAGCUCCGCCCUUCAGUUUGCCGCCUCUGUGUGGUCGGCAGAAACUCGUACUUCAGGGGACUUGAUUGGCAGCAAUUUUAUAUCAGGGCUGGGAGGAGCGAUCAGUGAAACAAUCGUGCAGAUCACCAUUGCUGAUAUGUUCUUUGUUCAUCAGCACGCGACUUUGAAUGCGUGCUUCGUGUUCUUCCAAAGCAUUGGUGCUUUUCUUGGCCCUGUGGCGUCUGGAUAUGUUGUUGAUUCACAGGGAUGGAAAUGGAUGUGGUGGUGGUGCGUCAUAUUUUUGGGGGCGAAUUUAUUAUUUGUGACUCUCUUUUUCGAAGAGUCCAAAUAUGUCCCCGUAGAAAAUGGCAAGAGUAUGCCUCUGGCAGUUGAAGACCGCGAGAACCAAGACCGCGGACUCAAAGCUUCUGCAGAUAUCAAGGGUGGAAAUGAAGCUGUGAGAAGUCGAUCAGCCGGAGAUGUUGAAUUCAAACAAUCUUCAUAUCGUCAGCGAUUGGCCUUGAUCACCAAAACAGAUGAACCCUUGCUCCGGCACUUUUAUCAGCCCAUUAUAGUUUUAUUUCGUUUUCCGGCUGUCGGGUACACCGCGCUCACCUGGGGUUGUACCCUGAGCUGGUUUUCGAUCAUGACCUCAGUCCAGGCGACAUACUUGAUUGAGCCGCCGUACAACUUCGAUGCUGUUGGCGUCGGUUUAAUGAAUCUUCCACCUUUUAUCGGCGCAUUUCUGGGAUUCUUUUGUGGAUAUUUGAACGACAAGUCGAUUAUCUAUAUGUCAAACCGGAAUGUUGGCAUAUACGAGCCUGAGAUGCGUCUUUGGAUGGCUCUCCCUCUAGCUAUAAUCACACCAGCAGGAAUGUUGAUGUUUGGUAUAGGGCUUGCUGAUGGCGUGCCUUGGAUAGUUCUUGCUGUCGGAUUUGGAAUUUUUGGGUUUGGACUCACAGUAACCGGCGAGAUCGCGCUCUCAUACCUGACAGACUGCUAUCAAGAUAUUGUCGGUGAUGCAUUAGUCGGAGUUGUCUUCGUUAGGAACAUCUUCUCUGUCAUCGUGCUUUUCGCUCUCACCCCUUGGAUUGAAGCCACAGGCAUUUUAAACCUACACAUACAAAUCUCGGCUAUUUGCUUUGCCGUUCUUCUGCUCCCACUCCCAUUAAUUGUAUGGGGUAAGAAGAUGAGGAUCUCGACGGCAGAAAUUUAUCGGAAGAUGACACUCCGUCAGUCCAUGCAUCGAAUGAUAUAGCGCACCAUGUUUUCUAAGAUGUGUUGAUUUGAUUAGUCAUGGUUGCUGUAAAACUAAAAGAGGACUUUGGAUGGCCCACUCUCCUUGUUUCAUAUCCAGUGCAGGUUUGACUUUGUACAAUAAUUGGCCGAUUAGCUACAAUACCAAGGUGUCAUUGGCCGGCCCUUGAGCUAAG